CGGCGGCGGCGGCCGCGGCGGUUUCGCUGGAGCGCGGGGCGGCGGGGCCCCGGUGGCGGAAGAUGGCGGAGCUCGGCAAGAAGUACUGCGUGUACUGCCUGGCCGAGGUGAGCCCGCUGCGCUUCCGCUGCACCGAGUGCCAGGACAUCGAGCUGUGCCCCGAGUGCUUCUCCGCCGGCGCGGAGAUCGGCCACCACCGCCGCUACCACGGCUACCAGCUGGUGGACGGCGGGCGCUUCACGCUCUGGGGGCCCGAGGCCGAGGGCGGCUGGACCAGCCGCGAGGAGCAGCUGCUGCUGGAUGCCAUCGAGCAGUUCGGCUUCGGGAACUGGGAGGACAUGGCAGCCCACGUCGGCGCUUCCCGGACCCCCCAGGAAGUGAUGGAGCAUUACGUAAGCAUGUACAUCCACGGCAACUUGGGGAAGGCCUGCAUCCCCGACACCAUCCCCAACCGGGUGACCGACCACACCUGCCCCAGCGGGGGCCCCCUCUCUCCCAGCCUCACCACGCCCUUGCCUCCCCUAGACAUCUCGGUGGCCGAGCAGCAGCAGCUGGGCUACAUGCCGCUGCGGGAUGACUACGAGAUCGAGUACGACCAGGACGCCGAGACGCUCAUCAGCGGGCUCUCGGUCAACUACGACGACGACGACGUGGAGAUCGAGCUGAAGCGCGCGCACGUGGACAUGUACGUGCGCAAGCUCCGUGAGCGGCAGCGGCGCAAGAACAUCGCGCGAGACUACAACCUGGUGCCCGCCUUCCUGGGCAAGGACAAGAAGGAGAAGGAGCGCGCGGCGCGGCGCAAGGUCACCAAGGAGGAGAAGGAGCUGCGGCUCAAGCUGCGGCCGCUCUACCAGUUCAUGUCGUGCAAGGAGUUCGAUGACCUGUUUGAGAACAUGCACAAGGAGAAGAUGCUGCGCGCGAAGAUCCGCGAGCUGCAGCGCUACCGGCGCAACGGCAUCACCAAGAUGGAAGAGUCGGCGGAGUACGAGGCGGCCCGGCACAAGCGCGAGAAGCGCAAGGAGAACAAGGCGGCUGCGGCUGCUGCCGCGGCAGCAGGGGGCGCCAAGCGCGGCAAGGAGGACGGCCGGGACGGCGAGUUCGCGGCCAUCGAGCACCUGCCAGGCUUCGAGCUCCUGUCGGACCGCGAGAAGGUGCUGUGCAGCUCGCUGAACCUGAGCCCGGCGCGCUACGUGACCGUGAAGACCAUCAUCAUCAAGGACCACCUGCAGAAGCGCCAGGGCAUCCCCUCCAAGAGCCGCCUGCCCAGCUACCUGGACAAAGUCCUCAAGAAGAGGAUCCUGAGCUUCCUCACCGAGAGCGGGUGGAUAUCCAGGGACGCCUCCUGAAGCCCGCCGUCCGGAGCGCCCGGGACGGACGGACGGACGGAUGGUCGCGCGAGAGCCACACCGACAGCAAAGAGAAAAAAGAAGCUUUGUGAGCCAAAACGAAAGGGGGUGGGCGGGAGGGGGAGAGGAAACGCUUUUCCGCCCACCGCCCCACCACCCGCAUUGUUGGUCUUUUUUUUAAACAAAUCGAGUCCUUUUUUUAGGGUAUCAAUUCUUUUUACUGUCCUCUGAAGAAGCAAUAGCAACAGUCGGAUCAAGGGGAAGACAAAACCCGUGUGUAUUUUAACUGAAUCCCUAAACGUAGUUCUUUAAGGUGAUGAUUUGCCUUUAAAUGUUCAGUGUGGAGCAUAUGACGAUGAGAUCGGGAAAUUUCCUUUUUUUUUGUUGCUUCCCAGUGGUAUAGGACUGUGAGGUGGGCAGAGGAGCCCUUCCCUGCCGGCUGCCGGCUCACCCCCAUGACCUGAGCUCCGCUGCGGCUGCGCUCGGGCAGGUGGCACUUUAGGCGGAGGGCGCAGGGCCAGGCAGAAGAGGCUAGGGAAGGGCGGGAUGGGCAUCCGUAGGGAAUCGCCGAGAGGAAUCUGGUGUUGAACGGUUUGGCCAAACUGAGCUUACCCACGAUGGCUGGCGAUAGCACUUUGAGGGAACUCACCGUGGUGUCUGCGGGGGGCGGGGGGGAGGGGGGGCCAGGGGGACGCGGGGCUCAGUGCAGACUGGCAGAACGCAGGGCCUCCUCCCCUGGGGGUGCUUCUUGCUGGGCUUAGAACUCAGCCUUGUGUUUUACUUGGAAGAACUCAUUUUAAAUGAAGUUCACCGAGAGUUGAGUUCUGGGUUUUGGGUUAGCUCCUUCCAGGGUUCUCACCGCAGUUGCAAGCCCCUCUUUCUCUGAGACCAGCCAUGUGUCUUGUCUUGUGUGGUCUCAGGCGCUGGGCUAGGCAAGAGGGACCCUGGUGGCCUGGAGGCCUGGGCACUGCUUCUCUGGGAAGAAGUGGCUCAGAGUCUUGAGCCAGACUCCGGCAUGGCUCUGCCCAGCCCGGUUCAGAGAAGCUCUCAGGGGUGCCCUUUCGUGAUGGGCACAGUGCCUUUGCGCAGGAACCUGAGGAGUCGUGUGUCUUCCAGCUGCCCGGGGCUCUCCUGUCCCAGGCCCUGCUGUCGAGUCAGUGGAGUGGCCAGACCCCAGUGCUCCUCCAGUCGUCCUGGGGCACAUCCUGCCUCUCAUCCCCCGUAGCUACCAGACUGUUUACCUCCCAGAAUGCUUGGGCUUGAAGUUACAUUAAAGUGAAGGUAUUUGAGAGAGAAAAGAAAAAAAAACAAAAAAACCUUAUUUCCAAGGACAGCGUAGUUAUGGUGCCUUUUCCUUUCACAUCCUGUCUGUCCCCUAGGGUGAAUUUCCAGCAUUAAGUACACACUUCAAGUAUACUGGGGGCUUCCCUGGUGACUCAGAUGGUAAAGAACCCAGCUACAAUGCAGGAGACCUGGGUUCAAUCCCUCGGUUGGGAAGAUCUCCUGGAGAAGGGAAUGGCAACCCAUUCCAGUAUUCUUGCCUUGGAGAACCUCCACGAACAGAGGAGCCUUGGCGGGCCACCGUCCACGGAGUCGCAAAGAGUCGGACGCAACUGAGUGCCUGACGCUCAAACACGUCCGUGGCUUUAGUUGUAAACUGCAUCGCGUGCUGGCAGAGUAGCAUUCCCCGCGACCUGACUGCAAGCCUGGGACCUCUCUCUCUGACCGUAAAGCAGCGGGCGGUGGUGUCACUCCCGAGGGUAACCAUGGCUGCCGAGAGCGCGGAGACGGUGCUAUGCCCUUCCAGGGUUCUCAGCCAGGGUUCCUGGAGCAGCAGUGCAGCGUCCCCGGGGGAACCGGGUGGCCCUUCAGGGACUUGGGCCCCCCCCCAGGCCUCGGACACGUGGGGUGGGGCCUUGCAGGUCACUGGGAUGCGUGCUGAAGUCUGAGAACUGCGGGCUUAAGCUGCUCCGGUGUAACCGAUUUUCUACAUCAGAUUCCUAGUUUGGUGAGGUUUUAAAUUUGUCUUAUUUUUAUACAAAACGAUUGCCAGACUUUCACUAAGCUUAAGAAGCAAAAUCUCCCUGUAAAAUGUGCGUGGCCCUGGCCAAGAGCUGUCAAAUGAGAAGUUCUGUGCUUAAGCAGGUUGUCAGUGUGUGUGUCUCUUCUCGACGGUAUGAAGAAUUUAUUUAGGCUUGACUGUUUUUAAACACCAUAAUGAAUGUAUAAUUUAUGUUAAAAGUGUGAACCCUUUGUUACAAGGGAAAAGUAAUUUUAUGAUUGGUUGCCUCCUGCCCCAUCAACUCCAGCUAUUACUGUUGCAUUAGUCCCACCCCUGCUGUUUGCUCGGAGCCUUUAAAUUUCUGUAUUUAAUUCUUACGAUAAAUGAGUCACCAUGAUCCCAUGGAAUUAGGUCUUUUCAAAACUGAAACUCUCUCAAGUCACAGAAGAUAAUCAGCUGUUCAGAAUGAUACUCUGGAUGGCCAGCAUUCCAAGAAUGUAUUCAGACCGAAACUCUGCCUACCGCCUUUUUUCCCCCUUUUACACAUUAAACAGGUUGAGAACCAAA